AUGCUGAUGGAGGAUUCGCGAUUGUUGCCGCUGGGCUCGGUGGCGCCGCCAUUGCCGCAACCGCCGCCGCCGCCGCCGUCAACGCACCAGACGCUGCCCGCCAGCCUGAAGCAUCAUCAUCAUCAGCGCGGUGGCGCCUCCGCUGCGCCCGUCGUUGCCGUUGCCACCGCCGCCGACAUUCCGAGCAAGAAGCUAAAGGCGCCCCCAUUGGACAGCUAUCAUCCAGCCAUGGACUUGCAGCACUAUCACAUCAUCGCGUUGUCCUCGCUGCCGUAUGCCUGCCAGGAGCCGCCGGAGCUGCAGAAUCCGGAGCGCGUGGUGCGCAGCACGGAUCGGGAACGCUUCGAGCAGCACUAUCAGCCGAAUGUGGCGCUGGCGCCGCGCAAAAGCAUACUGUGCAAGGAGCGCGAACUGGAGCGCCAGCGUCUCCGGCAGGAGCAGGAGCUGCAGCUGCACAUCAAACAGGAGCGCGCCCCAACCCCGCCCCUGGAGCCGCUGAAUGGCAGCAAUAGCAAUCACAGCAACAGCUCCAACAGCAGCUCGCCCAUGCCCAAGCCGGCGCCCGCCCAUUUGCAUGCCAAGCUGCUGCCCACAAGCAGCAAUCACCACCAUCACAACCACAACCACAAUCACCACCAGCACCACAACGAACCAAGUCGCAUUAGGAUCAACAAGAAUCUGAUGAGCCAGCCGCCGGUGACGGCGGCAAUUGCUGCACUGCAGCCGAUCUACUAUAAGACGCCGCAUCCGGCCGGCUAUUCGCCGACGCAGUCUUCCAGCGCCGGCGGUCUCAAUCUCAGCACGCACUCCUCCAAUGUGUUGCCAGCGGCGACGGCGGCGGGGCAGAAUGGCAAUGGCCAUUUGAAGCCGCAUUCGGGCUGCGAAUUCGAGCUGUCCACGGACACGGACGACGAUAGUCUGAAUGGCGAGCCGGACAGCAGCGCCGCCAUGCUGCCGCCCUGGGAGCUGGCCGUGGAUGCGCUGCGCGAUACGCGCGCCAAGGAUCGGGAGCGUGUGCUGCACCUGCUCCAGCGGCUGUUGCACGAGAAUCAAAAGUAUCGCGAUACCAAUGGCCAGCUGGGCGAGCUGCUGCACAAGCGGGAGACGGAGAUUGCGGAGCUGCGCGAGCAGCUGCAGCAUUGUCGGCGCCAGUUGGAGGCGUUGGACAAGCUGCGUGUGGUGCCAUUGAAGCAAACGUUGCUUGAGCAGCGACUGGACGAGGAGAUGGACGAGGAUCAUGAUCAUGAUCAGGAGGAGGAGGAGGAGGAGGAGGAGCUGCUGCUGGGCGGCGAGGAGGCGGAUAGCAAUGAGACGCUCACGCAGGAUCAGGCCAACAACAACAGCAGCAACAACAACAACAAGGCGCAGGCAAAUGGCUUGCGGCGCAGUCCAACGCCGCUCAACUGUUGCGCAACUGUUGCACAGCAGGAGCCGGAGGCGCCGGCGUGCAAACGCCUCAAGCUGCAGGCACAGCAGAAGCCCAAGCCGGCGAAUGGACAUGCCAAGAGUCCAAGUCAAAGCGGCGAUGAGGAGGAGGAGGAGGAGGUGAUGGGGACAGAGCAGCAUUCGGACGAGGCAAGGCAGCGCACGGCGCAGGCGCAGGCGCCGCACAGCAGCGCUUUGACAACGCCGCCCACAGCGACCACGCCCCAAUCACCAGACUCGGCCGCAACCGCCGGGCAGCUGUUCGACAGCAGCAACAGCAGCGAUGAGUCGGCCAUGAAGAAGGCGCAAAUGUGCGCCAGCCAGGCGCUGGCCAAGAUUACCAGCAACAACAACAACAACAACGGCGAGGAGACAGACCCAGAGGAUGAGGAGGAGGAAGAAGAGGAAGGGGAAGCAGAGCAGCAGGCAGCGACGCAGCAGGAAGACUCGGAUGAUGACGAGAUGCCGCUGCAGCAGCGCCAACAACAGCAGCAGCAGCAGCAGCGACGCCAGCGACGCGACGUGGCUGCGCUGCCGACGCCAGCGCCGACAGCGACGCCCAUUUUAAUGGCCACCAAAGCGAGCAAAAAGCAAACGCCGCCAAUUACAACAACAACAACAGCAGAAGUUAUCAACAUUGAAACCAAAGCUUUAAAUGAAUAA